AUGCCCAGGAGCAAAAAUCAUAAGCCUGGAAAAAGAGUAUUCUCAAUAGCCAUUGGAAGCUAUACAGCUUAUUCGAAUUUGGACUUAGUUGUUGUCGCAGGCAAAAAUGCAGCUUAUGAUGUGUUUAUUGAAUUUACACUUUUAAGCGGAAAUGUUUAUAUUGGAGGAAAUUUAAUUUCUGGAGCAUUUUCUGGCGGAGUUCUUAAUGUCAGGUUUAUUCCAAUCAUAGAUAAUGCUAAGAUUGCUGGAUUACUUUUAAUAAAGGGAAAUUGUGCUAUAGCAGACAAUUGCAACCAGUGCUACACAGAUAGAUGCGCUGUGUGGAAUAACCCAACAUUGACAUGCAAUACUUGUAUUGCAAAUGCGCAGAAAGUUAGUGGUGUAUGCACAUGUGGGACAAAUGCUUAUUGGGUUUAUACAACGAGAACCUGUGAUAAAUGUGACAAUUUAUGCAAUGUUUGUACUGGCUCAAUAAACUUUUUAUGCACAACCUGCGUAUCUCCAAAUGUUCUAGUUUCAAGUGUAUGUUUAAGAGCAUGCCCUUAUGGAUUCGGCUCGCCUUGCACUUCAGUAUCUACAGCUGUCAUUGAUCAAAAUUUUGCUAAUUAUUUUUUAGGAAUUUAUGGCCUAUUUCAAACAGGAACAAGUUCAAGUAGCUAUCAAUUUUUUAUUACCCCAGAAACAGUAGAUCCAAUUCCAGCUAAAAGUAGAGGACUUUAUUUUUCUGGUGGAUCAUACCUUCAAGCAUCUGCUGUCUACAUUUCGCUUAAUUUUUCAAUUGGCUUUUGGGUUUUAAUACUAUCAGGCUCAGGAGAUAUUCUGACAAAGAAUAAAAUAACAAUAUCUGCGAAUGGUGUUCUGACUAUUAUAUUAGAGAGUAGACUAGAAGCAACUACAACAGUAACAACUCCAGCUUUAAAUCCAUCAAACUUAGCUUGGGCCUAUAUUUCUUUUACUAGUUCAUUUUCUUCAUCAACUAUAUCUCUCGUCCCUUUUAGCUUGUCUCAGCUAUUGUUACUCAUCUAAACCAAAAUCCAUAAACUAGACAAUCAGCCCAGACCAAUGCAAGCUAUAACCAGCCCUUAGCUAUAUAUCAAACCACUAUUACCCCAUAUUUAAACAAUUCCCCACAAACUUCUAUUACCACUAAUCAAUACAUAUAUAGAGACGAAAUAAACAAUAAAAUAAUUCUCGGUAAAAGCUCGUCAACCAAUUUUUUAGGCUACAUUUAUCAAUUCACUCUAUGAAAUGCAGCAGUCUCCAACUUUAAUACUCAAUACUCAGAUCAAAUUUGUGGCACUCUAUCAUAUGCAAACUGCCUUUGGACUUGCCCUUUGUCUCAAUGGAUGGACGGAGCAACUCCUACAAACUGUAAUUCAUGCACAAAUGGGUGUGUUAGAAGCGGAUCGUGCAAUGUUUGCUUUGACCCUCUUUGCAGCAAAUGUACAGGAUUUUUAACAGGUCUUUGCACACAAUGUGUUUCUAAUGCGUCUGGAACUCCUUGCACUUGCAAUGCUGGAUAUGUGGCUUCUACUGAUGGGUUUUCUUGUGUGCAAUGCUUUACAGGAUGUGCAUCAUGCACUGGAGGUCUUUAUUAUCAAUACAGCAGCUUUUCAUCGAGCUAUUAUUUAUUGAAAACAAUGUGUCUUACUUAUUGUCCUACUGGUUAUACAGCUGAUUCGUCAGGCCAUGCUUGCACAUUAUCAGCGUCAAAUCCUUUAAGUAUUUCACUUCAGAAUUUAAUUCAAUUAGAUACAGUUAGUGGAUUGUCUGUAGGAUCUUCAAAUUCAAAUAAAUAUCCUUCUUGGGAGGUAACAGAUCCGAUUCCUUCAAUUUAUCGAGGAUACUAUUUUUCAGGAAAUAAUUAUAUGAGUCUUGCAUCAUUCACUAUAAGUCCAUAUUUCUCAUUACUAAUCUGAGUAAAGCCUCUUAGUGAUGGAUAUUUAUUUAUGAAAUUCGAUGGUACUACAAAAUACUCUUAUAUAAAUUUUGCCUCAGGAAUAUCUGGAAUUAAUCUUAGGCUUUCAGAUUCGACUUCAGUUAGCAUAAGUAGCUCUCCAAGUCUGUCUUCAAGUUGGCAUUAUAUAGCAUUUACUGGUGGACUUACUUCAGGACAGACUGUUCUUACCCGAUCAAUAGAUGGAGGAACGCCAACAUCAACUACUUCUGCCUCCUCAGCAUAUUAUAAAGAUCUUGGAACACUUUACAUUGGAAAAGACAGUACAGCAUCUGGAGGUUUUACUGGAUUUUUAUGAAGUUUCAAAAUUUAUAAUGACAAUACCUACACAUCUCAGGAAUGAAUAACAUCAGGCUGUCCUGGAUGCACAGCGUGCCCUUCUGAGCUUAAAUGUCCUGAUAGUUGUCCAUUUGGACAGUUUUAUUCAAGUUCUUGUGUUUCUUGUGAAGGUUCAUGUCCUUAUGGUUGCAGAUCAACACUCACCUGCAGACUGUGCAAAGACAAAGAAUGCCUAGCAUGCACAGCUUUUGAUGGUUCUUGCACAUCCUGCAUAACAAAUGCCAGUAUUUCAGGGACUACGUGCGUUUGCAAUAAUAAUGCUUUUUGGGAACAAAGCUCAGACGGAUGCCAAAUCUGCGAUAAUUUAUGCACUCAAUGUCAAACAAACCAAUAUUUUUUAUGCACAACUUGUGGAUCUUAUUAUCUCGUUUCAAAUAUUUGUUUAAGAGCCUGCCCAUAUGGAUUUACAAGUCCAUGUGUAAUAGUCACCUCGCCUGUGAUCGAUGCGACAUUCAAUGGGGACUUUCAAGGAACUUAUACUGGUUUUAUUACCGGGACAAGCACAAGCUUCUAUCAGUUCUUCAACUCACCUGAAGCAGUGGAUCCUAUCCCCGCGAAACAAAGAGGUCUAUAUUUCAAAGGAAGUCAAUAUUUAAUAUCAAGUGAUAACAUUUAUCUUUCUCAUAGUUUCUCGAUGGGUUUCUGGACUUACGUCAUUUCUUCAGGAGAUAUUUUAUCCAAUUCAAUAAUUACUGUAGAGUCAUCUGGCUCUAUAAAAAUUACACUAGAAAGCCCAUCAGAGACAGCUUCAUCACAAACACUAUCAAGCACUCCUUUUACUAUGUGAAAAUACUUACUCCCCCACUUCGUGAGCGAACACGAAUUUCGUUCAGUAAUUUUUUUUCGGAUUUUACAAUUUGCGAAAAUUUGAAAGAUUAAUUUAAUUUGUAAAGUUAUGUCUUAAAAUUGCAAGCUGAUUAAAAUUAAAUAUAAUUAGCUAGAGACUUCAUUAUAAUAAUUAUUAUGUUUUUUAUAGAAUUUUUUGUUCCUAAAAAUAGCGAUGUUUUAUUCGCUUACUGAGGGAGGGAGAGUUAUCAUUUGCAUGUUCAUUUGACAAUCCGACAGUAAUAACUACUUUAACUGUUUAUAAUAACAAUGUUUCUGUUGCAUCAUCUACUUACAAUACUCUAAUUUAUAGAGAUCAGGUUAAUCAAAAAAUCAAAAUAGGUGGCAGCUCAUCAUCGUAUUUCACAGGGUUUAUCUACAAAUAUCAACUUUGGAAUGUUGCUAUUUCUGAUUUUUCAGCACAGCUCAAUGAAAUUUGUGGGUCUGGCUUAUUAGCUACUUGCCUAUGGGGAUGCGAUAUAAGUAAAUACUGAUAUUCAGCAGCAUGCCAUAGUUGCGAUUCUACUUGUACUUUGGGAUGCACGAGAAGUGGAUCUUGUAAUAUUUGUGAUGACCCCCUUUGCAGCGUGUGUGCUGGAUUUGAUGCAAAUAAGUGCACUACUUGUGUUUCUCAUGCCCAUGGCUCGCCUUGCAGUUGUGAUUUAGAUUAUUACUCAUCUCCAGAUGGGUUUUCUUGCUUGCCUUGCUUUACUGGAUGCUCUAUUUGCACAUCAUCACAUUAUAACCAAUGCUCGGCUUGCGACUCAACAUAUUAUUUUUUAAAUGUUAUAUGUGAUACACAAUGCCCAACCGGUUAUAGUCAAAACACAGGCACGAAUAAAUGUGACUUAGUGAAUAGUUUAGUUGUAGAUUUAGAAUUGGAUGAUUAUAUAGUGCUUGACACUUUAUCAGGGUUUAAUGUUGGAAACCUCAAUACAAAUGUUUAUCCUGUGAUUGAUUCAAACGAUCCCAUUCCUUCAAUUAGCCGUGGAUACUAUUUCACUGGACAAAGUCACAUGACUAGCUCUUUAAUUUUUAGUCCUUAUUUCUCUAUUAUGCUUUGGGUUAAGGUUAUUGACCAGGGAGUUUUAAUUGAAAAAUACUAUGGAGCUUCUCAAUAUUUAGUUGUUAAAACUGACAGCAGCGGCUAUCCAAAUUUCAAUUUAUUACUUAAAGAUGGAUCAUCUCUUAACGCAGCUACGCUACAAAAUUUAUUUUUUGAUUGGCAUUACUUGUCAUUUUCUGGAUCAAUUAAUGCAGAUGGGACUUAUAGUUCUUAUAGUUAUAUAGACUCAUUUCUUCUCAAAACAGUUACUUCAAUAUCCAAAACUUAUCUAAGAGACAGCAUUACUGGAACGCUAGUGGUUGGGUUUUGCCUACCUCGUCCGGAAAUGAAGACUUAGUGUUUUCCCAAUGGACUUUCUGGAAAAAGGCUUUUACCCUUAGAUAUUACUAGUACCGAUGACGAAGGCAUAGUCGGUGCCGAUACUAGCUAGGAAGUUUAUCCAAAGCUGGAAAUCUAGUCACUCAGCAGCUGUCAAAUCCCAAACAUGUAUAAUCCAAGGUUCCGAGACAGAAUUAAAAGUUAGACCAAAGCCGAGGAGAGCUAUCUCUGGUGGAAAAUGCUGACAUACCCAGGGAGAUUUGCUAGCUGCUGAGCAAGUCUUCUAUGAAGAUUCGUUUCGGGUGGGACGUAAAAGGAGGAAGAGCUCUAAUCUAUAAUUCAUGUUAAUAUUGAUACUGGAACGCUACUUAUUGGCUUUGAUAAUGCGCCACAGACUGGCUUCAAAGGAUUCCUAUGGAGUUUAAGGAAAUAAAAUGGUGACGUAUAACGGAGUUGAGCUCCGAGGCGUCUCACCCAUUUUGGGCAAGGCAGGGCUCCACAAAUCCAUUCGACCGAAGUAUGACCUGGAUGGGGUCUAGUAGGGCAUGGAGAAGGAGUCUCUUCCUCCCCGGGUGAAGUUUUAUUUCUCCUCCGUAGGUUUACCCAGCCCAGGCUGGGUUUUGUCCUACCACCUAGUUCUUCUCUGUCGGGACUAGCGGAGCGUCCAGACGCGGGCGGAGAACCCAGGUGGGCUAACCCUUGGGUUCGAGUAGUUCAGACCGAAAAAACCAAGUAAGCAAUGGGAAGAGGAAUUUCCCGCUUGGAGCCGAGACAGGGCAAAGGCUAGUGUGGCAAACGCUUAUGGCCAGUUUAACACAAUUUAACUAACUAACUAUGGAGUUUAAAAAUAUAUAAUGAUGAAACUCAUGCUAAUUCCGACUGAACAACUACGACUUGCACUGCAAAUCCUUGCACAAGUUGCCCGAUUGGAGAUUUCUGUCCAAGCUCUUGCUCAUUGACGAAUUAUCCAGAUAGCACUGCAUGUGAUCCAUGCAAAACAUCAUGCUCUAAUGGGUGUAGAAGCAAUCUAGCAUGCACACUUUGCAGAGAAAAAGAAUGCUAUAAAUGCACAUCUUUUACACAAAAGUGCUUAAGCUGUAUAACAAAUGCGGGAUUUGUAGGAGAUUCAUGCCAAUGCAACCUAAAUGCUUAUUGGAAUGGAAGCACAGAGACAUGUGAUCUUUGCCACACAAUUUGCUCUAUAUGCUCUGGACCAUCUUUCACUGAAUGCAUUCAAUGUGGGACUUCAUUGUUUAUGCUAUCAAAUAUUUGCUUGGAAUUUUGUCCUUCAGGAUACUCUGUAGCUGGUAAUCAAUGCAACUUAUCAAAUGAUUUAGUAUUCGGCUUAAGACUCAGCCAGAUAAAAGAUAUACAGGUUGUCCAAUGAUGGCGCUCAAGGCGCCAUCAUCGGGCAACACCAGAAAAGGGCUCCACACGGGAAUGGAUUCCACGUGUGUAGCCCUUUUCGCGAGGAUCCUCCACAUGGAACCCAUUUCACGUGUGAAGCCCCUUUCUGGUUUUGCCCGAUGAUGGCACAUUGAACGCCAUCAUCGGGCAUUUAUUAUACAGUUUAUGACUCAAUAGGAAACGUUGCUUUUCAAACUGGUAAUGAUAAUAACUUUUACCCAUUUUAUACAGCCGAAGACCCAUACGCUGCAGAACUGAGAGGAUACUAUUUUAGAGGAACCUCCUUCAUGAAAUCAAUUGAUAGUCCCCCCUCCUUAACUUUUGGAGCAGAAUUCACUAUUGCAGCAUGAAUAAAUCCAACUUCAAACACUGGUUACAUAUUUUCUAAAUAUGACAGCUCACUUUCAAAUUUUAUUGUAUUUUCACUGAUUUCAGGAAAGCUUAAUUUCUUGAUUAAAUUGCAAGAUGGGACAACAGUUUCAUAUGCAAGCACCAGUUUAUCAGUUAUAGCCCAUACCCCUAUAUAAAUUUUAUUUAUCAAACAAAAUGCAAUGGCCGUUGAACUAAAAAAGGCAGACUCUAUUAAAGGGACAGGCUGGAUCUCUAAACCAGGAAGGGGUAAAAUGGCAUGUCAAAAACUGUUAACAAGUGUGAAAAACGUUGCAAGUAAUCAUACCCAUUUUAAAAUGGCUUUACUAUUAAAUUAAUUUUAAAUGCAAGAUAUCCUUUUAGACUUCCCCUGAUAAAUAUCUUAUAUUUUUAAAUAAGCAAUGCAAUUUGUUUAUGAGCAAAUCUUCUAUAAAGGUCAAAGUUUGUAUUGAGCGCUGAUUGUUCUUUAUAAAAAUUCUUAAUGGAUCAUAAUAUAUUAUUAGUAAAUUUAAAUGGAUUUAUAUUAAAAGACUUACCAAUCGAGUUGUGUUUUUGUGGAAGUAUAGAGUUUUAAAUAAGCAAUUCCAAAUUUUUUAUGAUCAAAUCCUCUAUAAAAGUCAAAGUGUGUAUUGAACACUAAUUUUCAUUAUGAGGUUCUUAAUCAUAUGGUGCGCAUUAGAAAAUUUAUUAAAACAUUAAACACUUAUCGUUUUUGCGGAAGUAUAGAUUUUUUACAUAAACUAUACGAAUUGCUUCAUGAUCAAUUGCUCUAUAAAAUCAAAUAUUGUUAUGAACGCCAUUGUACUUUAUAAAGUUCUUAAUUGCUUAUAAUAAUGUUUAUAUUUUUACAAAUAAAAUUUGAAAUUUUCUUUUAUAUAAUUUUUAUAAUUUUAAAAACUAAUUUGUAUCUUUUUAUAAAUCGGCUUCAAUUUUAAUAAUAUUAAAUUCAAAAUUAAUUUAAUAAUAAAGUCAUUUAAAAAAAUGGGCACGUUUUACUUACCAACUUUGUUCACACUUGUCAAUCAUUUUUGGCAUGCCAUUUUAACCCUUCCUAGUAUAGCGAUCCAUCAUCCUUUUAAGAGAUCUGUCUUAGCUAUUUAACCUUCUAUUGCAUUUUGCUCGAUAAAGAAAUCUAUAUAAGGGUAUGGACGAUACUUUAGGAUCUUGAAAUUUUAUUGCAGUUAAGAGCAUAAUAAGCUCAACGCCUCAGCAAAAAAUUUCAUUUUAUGUUGAUUCUUACUCUGAAAUAUCCCUAGAUCUCGCAGCUUCAUGAUAUCAAGAUAUUUCUUCAUCAUUUUCUAUUGCCAUUGGAGCUGAUGCGAAUUCAAACACAAACUUUUAUACUGGGUUUUUAUGAAAUAUUAAUAUUUAUAAUAUUGAUGAACCACUUAGUAGUAUGGUGACUUCAGGAACUUGCUCAGGAUGCUCAUUUUGCCCUAUAGAAUUAUCAAAUGAAUGCAUUCCGAACUGCGAUUUAUCACAUUAUCCAGCUGGCUCCAGUUGUGCCUCAUGCCAAGCUCAGUGCACUUGGGGCUGUGUGAGACCUGAUAAAAACUGCAAUUUAUGCCAAGAUGUAAUUUGCUUACUCCCCCCUUCUGUGAGCGAACAAAUAAAUUUUAAAUCCUGGAGGGAUUAUUUUUUUUUAUUCAUAAAUAAAUUUUAUAUUAAUUAUUUUCUUCAAAUUAAAAAAAUCCGAAUUCGAAAUAACUGGAAAUCAAAUAUUAAUUUAAUUUGUAAAAUUUAUGUUCUAUAACGCAGGCUGCUUAAAAUGCAAAGAUUAAUCAUAAAAUUUAACACUAAUAUACAACAAAACAUUUUUUCAUAAAAAAUGUUUAUAUUGGAGGGUACAGUUAAUAUGUGAUGACUAUGCGUCGACAUGCAUAACUUGCAGAGAGCAUGCCUAUUUAUCUUCAUCAACUUGCGUAUGCUAUGAUGGAUAUUACUGAAAUUCAGCAAAUGAAGAAUGCACCUUAUGUGAUUAUACUUGCAAAACUUGCACGUCAUCAGCUCCUGGAGACUGUAUUAUUUGCGCUUCUGGAUUCUACAUGUAUUUAGGCUGAUGCAUCUCGAAGUGUCCAGAUGGAUAUAUAGAAAAAGGAUCCUUAUGUAUGGAAAAGGAUCCUUUUAUAUUCUAUCUAUCUUUUAAUACUCUAGAAGGAGUAGUUUUUGAUCAAAAAAGCAAAAUACCAGCAUUAACUGGUAAUAGUACUGCAUUUUAUCCAGAUUAUGAUCCAUUUGAUCCAUUAGCUGCCUCAUAUCGAGGAUUCUAUUUCAAUGGAAUAAGCUCAAUUAUGCAUUUACCUAUUUACCCUAAUUACAGUAGUCCAGUUCUCAGCUUUGGAUAUUCAUUUACAUUUUCAAUAUGAAUUAACAUAGAGAGUGGCUUUGGAACGAUUAUCUCAAAGCAAGAUAGCCUCUAUAAGCCAAUCUUCUCUCUCCAAUUGGCUUCAGGGGUUGUAAUGAUUUCAUUAAACUUCAAAGCUCCAGGACUAAACUAUUUCUUUUAUUUGCAAAGUCUUGAAUCUUACUUAUGAAAUCAUAUUGCUUUUUCUGCAGAAUAUACGAGUUUGAAAAAUACGAAAAUGGCAUUCUAUUUAAAUGGAGCUGAAGAUCAUCAAGUUGAUUUCGGAUCUGAUUAUUUUAAGGAUACGAAAACAGACUUCACUUUUACACUUGGAGCAGAAAUAGGUUCUUUGGGCUAUUCUAAUUAUUUUAAAGGAUUUAUUUACGACAUUAAGGGAUAUAACUCAGUAAAAAUUAUAUCAUCCCUCUCAUUACCUGCAGCACAAUGUACAGAAAAUUGUAAAGCAUGUCUUACAACUGGUGUUUGCAUUCCUAAUUGCCAGAUUAAUCAGUACUUGGUUGGUCCAGAAUAUAAUAAAUGCUCCAAAUGUAGUAGUGAAUGCUCAAGCUGCAAAGAUUCUAGUAAAUUUUGCAACCUUUGUGACAACCCUAAAUGUGCAUCUUGCUCUGAUUACACUGCAGACUCCUGCCUUGAAUGCAUAUCUGGAACAUCAAAUACAACAAAUUGUCAAUGCGAUUAUGGUCUCGCUUGGAAUUCGAGCUCAGGAAUAUGCGCGAUGUGUCAUCAAUGGCAAUACAAAGCAAAUGACUCUUGCUAUGACUGUCCUCCUCUUUGUGCUCAAUGUGAUAACGAAACUAAGUGCACAUGAUGUAUAAAUAACGCCACAUUGCAAUCAGGGAGCUGUACUUGUUCUCCUGGAUAUAUUGGAACAACAACUUGCACAUAUAUACCUUUUAGUGUUUCUCUCACUGUUAACAAAAAUAACACUUUAAUUCUAGCCUUUAGUGAUAUCUUGAAACAGAAAUUGAACAAUAAUCACAUUUAUAUGCAAGUUCAUAAUCAGACAAUACCAUCAUGAUCUGUUGAUUACAUUUCAAAUAACGAAUAUUUAAUAUCAUGCAAUUUUGGUGGAGGAAUAUCAAAGGGCACAUUAGUUUCUGUAUAUUUUUUAGAUCACACUGCUGUUAUUUCAAUAUCUGGUGGAGUAAUUCGCGAUAAUUAUUUAGCAGGCUCUCUUUAUCAAUCCGCAAUGACUUCUGAGCAGCAAGAAAUUGCGAAAAUUCAAAAUCAAGUUUCUUCAGGAGCAAAAAUUUUGGUUGGCUCUAGUGUUGCUCUUGUAAUGUUUAACCCUAAUCCUUCUGGCUUAUGGACUAUGCUAAACACUAUUCAGCUUCUUUCUUACAUACCGUAUGCUAAUUACCCUUUGACAGAUAAAAUUUCUGCGUUUUUUAAGUCAAUGAAUGAUUUCAAUUUUGUUCCAAAUUUAUUUUUAUUAUUUAUUGCUGAAAAUCAAGGGAAUACUCCUUAUUAUCAGGCAAAAAAGUAUGGAUAUGAUAGUGACUUGAUACUUGUAAAUGUUGGAAAUGAUGUGACAAUUUUAUUUGGUCUUAUAUCUCUGAUUCCUCUAGUUUAUUAUAUAUCUAAAUGCUCUCAGAGAGUAAUAGGAAAGAAGCUAAAAAAAAUAUACGAUGAUUAUAAAUUUGGCACAUUUUUACGAUUUUGGAUCUUAAAUUAUCUAGAGGUAGGGUUUGCAGCUAUAAUUGGCAUUUUGAGCGUAGAAAACUCUGAAAUAUUUGAUAGCCCAACCAAACUCACGAAUUAUCUUCUUUGCUGGUUUUUCAUUGUAAGUUUAAUUUAGGUUGUGAUGAUCAUAACUCCAUUGCUUCAUUCAUAUUUUAGUUUUAAAAACAUAAGCAAAAUUAUAAACAAAAGAAACAGAAAAUGGCUAAUUCCUUGAAAUUCUUUGUAUUAUGAGUUUAAAAACGAUUUAGGGUUUAUGAGUACACAAUAUUAUACUUUGUUUUUUAUCAGACAGCUAAUUUUUAUCGCGGUUCAAGUUUUUUUAAUUGAUUAUCCUCAGAGUCAGCUUACAAUUAAUACAGUAGCAUCCUUAUGUGUAAUUUUUAAUUAGAUUGCCCUGUUUGUAUUUGUGUAUAAGCCUUUUGAAGAUACGAUUAUUCAGCUUACGAACUUAAUUACAGAAUGCGGAAUUUCUAUCACUUUUAUGUUGCUCAGCCCAUAUUUUUUUGAUCUUGGCUCAAGCGGUCUUGAUGCUAUGGACAGUGUAAUUAUGGGUCAAACUUCCUUAUUUAAAAUAGCUUUUAUUUUGUAUUAUUUAUUUAGGUGCUAUAAACAUUUUUAUGAUAUAUUUUAGAAAAAUUAUAGGCAAAAACAUUAUAAAAAAUAAUUUCAGAAAAUUAUCUUUGCCCAAACAGUAAUUAUGAUAUUUGUUGUAUCUCUUAUGAUGGUCCAAUCUGCAGGGCCAUUCAUAAACUCCUUAAAAGAGCUUUAUUAUGCAGUUAAAAGAAAUUUUGGAAAAGAUUUACGCUCAAAUCCAAUAAAAUUAGCAACAAAAACGAAGAGGAUAGAUUUAAACAAUUUAGGAGACUUUUUUGGCAACGAAACUACAGCAAAUGUUGGAGAAAACCAACAUUUUACACAGAUAUCUACUCCAAACUAG